AGAUUCGAAAUAUUAAUAUAUCAGUGUCAAUAAGUUAUUCUGUAAGGAAGAUGUUACGGAGACUGAUAGUAAGGGUAUCUCAGGUUAAACCCAAUCUUCUAACUGGAAUUUGUAAACCAGUUUUAAACACCAAAAAUAUCAUUACCAUCAUAAAUUCAUCCCGUUCAUAUUCUACCAAAUUAUCCAAUUAUGAAGUACCAGUAGAAGCUAAAUAUGAUAAUAUACAAGAUUAUGGAAGUUAUAAACAUAACAUUUUCACUCAUAGAUUACCAGAAUCAAGUGCAUCACAAUCUCCUCCUUUAGUUGCCUUACAUGCUAGAUUAAAUUUACCAUCAAGUUAUAGUUUAUCAACAUUAUCUCAAGCUUUAAAUUUAAACAGAUAUGAUGAUGGAUUAGCUAAUAAUUUUGGAUUAAAUGUAUUGGGAAAGAAUAUGUUAUCUUAUUAUGUUAAUGAAUGGUUAUUAAUAAGAUAUCCAAGAUUACCUAUGCCUGUUCAUAAUGUUGCUGUUAAUGCUUUAAUGGGACCACAAGUAAUGUAUGAAAUCGGUAAACAAUGGGGUAUUGAAGUUGAUAAAAGUUCUAAAUUGGAUAAAUUCUUAAGUCAAGAAUCUCAAUUUUUAAAAUAUGGAAGAUUAAGAUUUAUUGAAGAAGAACUGAAAUAUCCAGAUAAGCCAGCCGAAACUGGAAUUUAUGAAUUAACUAAUGAAGAAGUAAAAUCUUUAGAUAAGCAAAAUUCUACUUUCAUAUCUGAAGAAGUUAAUGCUUAUAGUUCUGCAGUAAUUGCCAUAAUUGGGGGUUUAUAUACUCAUGCUGGAGAAGAAGCCACCAAAGAAUUUAUUAAUAACCAUAUUUUAUCUCGUAAAUUACCUUUGGAAAAUAUGUUUGAAUUUAGUCAACCAACCAGAGAAUUAGUAAGAUUAUGUGAUAAAUUACAAUUUGAAGAUCCAAUAGAUAUCAGAUUAAUUGCUGAAACCGGUAGAUUAUCAGCUCAUGCAAUUUAUGUUGCAGGAGUUUUCUGUGGCGUUGAAAAAUUGGGUGAAGGAGUUGGAUCAUCAUUAGCUGAAGCCAGAACCCGUGCUGUUAUAAAUUCACUUAUGGGUUAUUAUUUAUAUAGUCCUAUUGACAAUGAAGGUAAUGAAGUCAAAUUACCAAGCGAUGAAGAAUAUAAAUUCGAUGGUAUAAUUGGACCAGGUGAUAUUGCCAUUUAGGUAGACAUCAUUUUAAUUUUGCAUGUAAAACAAUUUAUACAUAGUAUUCUUUAUUC